GUAAUUGUGGGGGCACGGAGCGUGAAAAGAUUUAUGCACUUUUGGAUUGUCUUCGGUCUUUACUUUUUUCAAUAAUGUAUUACGAAAUGUUUGUCGGAAAAAGAAAGAAGACCUUGCAGAAAAUCUUUAUAAUUCUUGCAGUGAAUCGGCUUGGUGCCGUUUUUACAAUUACUUGAGUUUUCAUCACAAAUAAAGAUGAAAAUAGCCUGUUUAGUGAUAGUAGCGUGCGCAUGUGCGUGUGCUGUAGCCGAUCCUGCCAUAAACGAAAUUAGACCAGUAUCAAAUCGACCAGGAAGGUUCCUGACACUACCUAAUGCACAAAAAUGCGCGAAUAGGCCGAAACAGUUUUUCUUUAGGGGACACAAUUACUUCUUCAGCGGGAGCGUACCCGAAUUGGCAAAUAGGAAAGUCGAUUGGUUAGAUGGUAGAAACAUCUGCAGAGAAUAUUGUAUGGAUCUCGUCUCCAUGGAAACGCAAGAAGAAAACAAUAUGAUAUUUAGAUUGAUUCAACAAAAUGACGUUCCAUACAUUUGGACUUCUGGACGAUUGUGCGACUUCAAAGGUUGCGAGAACCGUUCUGAUCUCGAACCCAAAAACGUUUUUGGUUGGUUCUGGUCUGCCAAUCGUGAAAAGAUUCAACCUACCAACCGCACUCCCAACGGAUGGAGUUACAACCCAUGGUCCCAAACCGGUCACAAGAAACAAAGACAACCCGAUAACGCUGAAUUCGACAUCAACAAAACCUCUGAAUCCUGUCUAUCAAUCCUCAACAACGUUUAUAACGACGGUAUCGCCUGGCACGAUGUCGCUUGUUACCACGAAAAGCCUAUCGUUUGCGAAGAUUCAGAAGAAUUAUUAAACUAUGUAGCGUCCACCAAUCGUGGACUUCGUUUGUAAAUCUAAAUUUUUUCCAGGAUAUCAUGCCUAAAACUGUUUUGGGGAAUUAAGAAAUUCCGUUUUCUUAGUGUAGGAAAGCGAACUGGUAUUACACUAAGAUCAGCGAUUCCUGAAAUAAGUUGUUUUAUUGCAACUUUAUAUUCUCAAGAAUGAGGCUUUUUUUCAGUGUAGAAAUUUAAACGGAACGAUCCUACAUUAAGAAAAAUGUUGUCAAAAAGUAAAUUCAAAAGUCAAUAAUACGUAAAACGACAUAUUUGAUCCUGGCAUGACUAUCCUCAGUGAUUGGCUGAUUUGUUAUAAUUUUCAUAUAAAGAUUAACAUUAAAUAAAUUAAACCAUCCACUAUUUGGGUUCUAAUUAACAGUGCUGUUCCAGUAGUGGCGCCGGGAAACAGUAACAAAGCCUACACAGACCACGUGACCAGUGGCCAUUUUAUGACACUAAAUAAUAGAAAACCCCACAACAAUUAACUGCCAGUAUACUAUUAAAUAUUAUAAAACAUGAAAAAUAUAACAAAUCAAUAUUUUCCAAUUUAUUCCUAAAUUGUUUUUAGUCAUUUUCGAUUUGCUGCCCUCAUUCCUUUUCUCCCAUAUCCCCCAAUAUCCCACUGUAUAGAUUUUAAACUGUAAAAUAUUUGUAUAUUUAUUUUUUUAAUAGUUUAUGUAUGUAACGAUAUUUGUCAGGUACGUACCUAAUAAAAAUUUUACCUAAUAUUCAAAAUAA